AUGAAUUUGGCAAAUUUCUCCUACUACUCAGGCAUGUGCACCAUGACUGUGGACUCUCAGCAUUCCCCCAAUGAGGCUUCCAGCCCUAUGGGGAGUAGUCCCAACCUGUCCAUGGAGUCACCAGGCUCAGUGAGGGUCAAGGAAGGAGUUUCCAUCAAGUCUGAGCCCAAGGGGAGCUGUAGUCCUACUGAGGAGAUCAAUCCAGGACAACAUGAGGAACACAUUCAAACGUCUGGUGGAAGGAGAAGAAAACGUCCAGUCCAACGUGGGAAACCUCCCUACAGCUACAUAGCCUUGAUUGCCAUGGCCAUAGCCAACUCUCCAGAAAGGAAGCUCACUUUGGGUGGUAUCUACAAGUUCAUCAUGGAGAAGUUUCCCUUCUACAGGGAAAACUCAAAAAAAUGGCAAAAUUCCAUCAGACACAACUUAACCCUCAAUGACUGCUUUGUGAAAAUCCCCAGAGAACCUGGACACCCAGGUAAGGGCAACUACUGGACCUUAGACCCUGCAGCAGAGGACAUGUUUGACAAUGGCAGCUUCUUAAGGAGGAGGAAGAGAUUUAAGAGGACAGAUAUCACUACUUACCCUGGAUACAUGCAGAAUAGCAGUGCUUUUACUCCAACCCCAGCUGGAAGACCAUCCUUCCCCAACAGCCUUUACUCCAGUGUGGGAUCUGGGUACAACCACCAGAUAAACCCAACAUCCCACCAUCACCACCCAGCCAUGGUCCAUCACUACCAAGCCCCUGGUGGAUCUGUUCAAGCCCAACACAGGAUGUUCAGCAUAGACAGCUUGAUUAACCAACAGUCCAUGAUGCAGCCAUCUCCAGGAUCAGAACUCACCCAUCACUCUCUUGGGUUGAAUGGAGACCUUGAGAACUUGGGUAACAGCUGCUCUGUAGGGGACCUUUCCUGUUUCCAGACUCAAUCAGUCAGCCCCUCUGGUGUCGGGUCUCUUAUGAAUAGAUCUAAUAACCCAAUGUCUUCCAACUUGACCUAUUCCUACUCCUCAUCUCCUCCUCAUAUCUCUGUGCCUCAGACCAGCUAUUCCCCCAAUAACUCUCAGAUCUAUGGCCCAUCCAAUAGACUGUCCAUGAGGACCGCAGCCUGCAUAGGACACACAGAACAACUGCUGACAUUGCCAGCUCCACAGAUGAAUGGGGUCUGUCAGUAUAAUAACAAUUCCUACAUGAGACAGCCUAACUUUUCAUCGGGGCUUGAAAGAUACAUGUAG